ACAUGCAAUUUUCCACGUGUCACUCGACUGACUUGCACACUGAACACAUUAACUUAAUGGAAGAUUGUGCAUAUUUAACAAACUUGCGAGCCCUGCUAAUUCUGUUCUAACUGAAGUAGAAGAGGAGUAACGUUUGAUAAAGGAGGUCAAUUUUAUUUGAAUAAACACGCUUUAAGCAGCCUCCUGUGCUAUGCGGUAAAGCAGUUCAGCGCCAAAUCUUGCAAUCAAAACUAAGACCCUAUCCCCCCGCCAAGAUUUUCCUGCUACAAACAGGCUGCAUCAAAAAUAACUCUCGCUGCAGAGACCGUGGUCCCGCUCAGAAAGACUUAUCAGCGUCCCGCAAAGGCGGCUAGCGCGGAGGGUGCUGCUUUCCUUUUGGCUGCGAGGGGCAGCCCCGCGUUGGAAAUAGCAACCGCUGGCUGCCGGCGCAGGGGAAGCGAUCCAUCCGCGGGGCAGGCGGAUGAAGGAGCAAUUCAGGAAUCACAGGACAGGCUUUCUGCAGCUGGAAGUGAAUGGGAACGACUCUCCGAAAAAAACCCCAAAUUAUUCCCGGGGGUGCUGGGGCCUUAUUUACUCCCCUGUAAUACUUCUGCUUCUGUAGGAAUAGCUGACAAUAAACAGAAUGGUGCCCCACGGUGCCAGGUAAACAGCUCCCGCAUGCCAUGGCUACGGUCUCUAAGGAGCUUCUGUUUAUUGUGAAACGUCUUUGCCCAGGCUUCGGCUGCAGAUCCGCGCUGUGAAUCCAGCAGAGAGACACGCAGGGAAAAUGAAGAGCUUGUACGACGUUACUGGAGGGAUGCUUAUUACCUUGGGGAUUAUAAGCAUUUUUUCCGGAAUCUGUGCUUUCUUCCCUGUUUUUUCUUAUAAGCCCUGGUUUGUCGGAUGGAGCGUGUGUCUCGCCAGUCCCGUUUGGAGCGGAGCUUUGGCUGUCACUGCUGGUGUCCUCCUCCUCUUGGCUGCCAGAGGACGAACGCGCAGGUCGCUGUGGGAAGCUAGUCUCACCCUCGGCAUCCUGAGCAUCAUGGGUGCCUCCGUGCAGUUUGCUGUCGCCGUUGCAUCUCUCCUCCUCGGCCCGUACUGCUACUACUCAUUCGCCGGGAUCGCCGGGACCAACUACCUGGGCUACGCGGUGCUGUUCCCCUUCCCCUACGCCGACUUCCCAAACCUUUGCAAAGACCCGGCGCACUACGAGUGGUACCACCUGGCUCUACAGCUACUCGACCUGUGCUCAAGUCUUGCCAUACUCUGCUCAUCGUUGGCUUUGGUGAUCAAGCUCGUGCUGCGGCUGCUCCGGUUUGGACACUUGAACGGGAGCGUCGGUCACCCCGGGGAAGGCUGAUGGCCCCUGUCGGGCUGGGAGCGUGCCCCGAAGGGUGGUGGAGCUGGUCAAGGACAGACAGAUCCCCAGUGCACUCGCACCACGUUUGCACAUCAGGAGCUCCCUGAAGCCGUGUGAAUCAGCCCAUCCUUAAACUAUUUUAUGGAGAAAAUAAUUUGGCCCUUCAUAUCCUUUACAGCCCAGGGCCUGUUCAGCUAGAGGAGACACACCUUUAGCAUACCUGGUUAGGGCCUAUGAUUUUAGGGCCUGAUCAAAAUUGUAGGAAAAUUAUAUAGUUUUCUUCUGACAUGAAAGCAAGCAGAACCUGAACCUUUCUUUCCACUCUUCCUUAUGACUGAACUCCUCCCUGGCAAUAACCUAAGGGCCCGUUAAAACUUGCAUGGACACAGACCCGUUACCUGAACAGCAAAAGAGGCAUCAAAAAUAAUCACCCGUACGCACGUACCAUCCCCGCUCCAUGCAGAGCUUCACUAGGCAGCAGCACCUUGAAAGCGUGGGAGGACUCGAGGCUGAGGUACGAGCAGCAGCAGAACAGGGGCCUUGGGCGAGUGGGAGCCGAGCCAGGGCCGUAGCCGCACGCGCUCCCGGGAUGAGGUGCAUCCCGCACUGCCAGCCCCAUCCACCCCGGCCCCGUACAGCUUGGGGCUCUCGCUCUCAGCUCAGGCAAUCACCAGCUUUAUUAUGGGAAGGAAAAUCUCAACUUUCAGGUCUCCAGUCUCUGGGUUUUUAUUCUUUAACCUUUGUUUAGAGCCUGUCUUGAAUUCACUAAAAUAACGGCAUUUCCAUGAGAACAGUGCAGAAAUGCACUCGUAUGGGGCACUGGAAAAAUCUGGUGUCGAAAAAAUGCUGUUUCUUCCUGCUCCGACACCUUAGCCCAGCGUACCACAACAAGACCAAAUGUUUGCAAUCUAAAUGACUGGACAGCUGUUGAAUUUUGUAAUUCCCUUAAGCUUUAUUAAUAUUAUUCCUAAUUUUCAUGCCCUCCAUGGUGUUUUACAGAGAACAUGAAAUGGUCCUUUGUUAUUAGUGCAGUCACUGCUUUGCUUCCAGUAAGCACCAUUUCUCUGCCCCCUGCUCCUGGUCUCCUUACAUGAGCAAAGCAAAGUCCUGCAGCUGCCCAGUGCUCUGGUCCCAACGCAGCACAACCCUUGAGUGUCCCAACAGCCCCAAGACCAGAAGGGGAGGCACGUGAGGACACAUCUUCAGCAGGGGCAGGAUCCUCAGCCCUUUGCAGAGUCAGGCCCCACCAGCCCAGGAGUUUUCUCCUCCAGCAGCAUGGUCAGUACCUUGCCCAGAGCUCCCAGCUGAACACCCAGUAGAUCCACCAGUCUUGAGGCUGCUGCAAAACCCCAUCCCUUGCCCGCAGCGUUUCGCAGCCUGCCCUCAGAGAUUUACGAGCGUUAGCCACGGCCGCAAAAGAAAUCCAGAAGGUUUUGUUGCAAAGCUAAUGCCGCAAGCACCACUAAAGCCAUAAAACACCCCGGCGUACCUGAUGCGUGCUGGGUGGUUACGAGCGGGACACCCGAACGCAGAGCGCCAGCUCAGAAGAGGCCGCGUGGAACUGUGCCAGCCUGACAACGGGGUGUCGUUUAAUGAGCGUAGAUUUAAGUGUGGAAAUCCAAUAUGAAACAGUUGCAGCCAGCAUUGCCUGCAUUCCUGGAGUGGCACUAAACUGGCGAAAAGCAGAGAACGGAGACACUGGCCCAGACAUGCUCCAGCUGUCCGCGACUACCUCUUCCCUCCUCCACCGAAUGCAGCUAUGCAGCUUGUUUUCAUUUCAUUAGUGGAUGUUAUUUUUGCAGCCUGCUAAAAGAAGAGAAAAGGGGAAGAGAGUCCUUAAAAUGCUUUUAGGUUUAUUUUUAAGAACUGGGCAGUUUCUUUCCCUUUUAUCAGAGAUAAAGUAUAGCCUUUAAAACA